UGAUCGCACUGCGGCUCCCGCCCAGGCGAAUUUCGCCCCCGCGCGGCCGUUGCCGAGGAGACGGCGCAUGUCUCCCGGCGCGUUGCCCUCUCUGCAGUCCCCCCGCCCCUCUUCUCCCACCACAAUGAGAGCCUAAGAUGGCGGUGGCUGCGACGGUUGGAGCCGAGUAGCUGAGGUAGAAAAGGCGGCCAUUGGGCCCUAAGCAGCCAGGAAACUUGGGGACUCUCCCUGCUGUGGUCUCUAAGGGAGGCCCGCCGCCGGUGGCGGUUCGUGGGGGCUGGCCGCUACUCCGCCCUUGGCGGGAGCGUCUGCUUCAUUUACAGACAACAGUUUUGAAGUGUGAAACAGGAAAGGAGCCGUUUCUGAGCUGCAAAAACUAGUUUCUAAACAGAACAUUAAUUAUAAAAGCCAGUAUGGCCACAGGAGGAGGUCCUUUUGAAGAAGGCAUGAAUGAUCAGGAUUUACCAAACUGGAGCAAUGAGGGUGUUGAUGACCGACUCAACAACAUGGAUUGGGGUGGCCAACAGAAGAAGGCAAAUAGAUCAUCAGAAAAGAAUAAGAAAAAGUUUGGUGUAGAAAGUGAUAAAAGGGUAACUAAUGAUAUUUCUCCGGAGUCAUCGCCAGGAGUUGGAAGGCGAAGAACGAAGACUCCACAUACGUUUCCGCAUAGUAGAUACAUGACGCAGAUGUCUGUUCCCGAGCAGGCAGAAUUGGAGAAACUUAAACAGCGGAUAAACUUCAGUGAUUUAGAUCAGAGAAGCAUUGGAAGUGAUUCUCAAGGUAGAGCAACAGCUGCUAACAACAAACGUCAGCUUAGUGAAAACCGAAAGCCCUUCAACUUUUUGCCUAUGCAGAUUAAUACUAACAAGAGCAAAGAUGCUGCUGUAAAUCCUCAAAAGAGAGAAAUGAUUGGAUCAGCACAAUGUAAAGAGUUGUUUGCUUCUGCUUUAAGUAAUGACCUUUUGCAAAACUGUCAAGUCUCUGAAGAAGAUGGGAGAGGAGAGCCUGCAAUGGAGAGCAGCCAGAUUGUAAGCAGGCUUGUUCAGAUUCGUGACUAUAUUACUAAAGCUAGUUCCAUGCGGGAAGAUCUUGUAGAGAAAAAUGAAAGAUCUGCUAAUGUUGAGCGCCUUACUCAUCUAAUAGAUCACCUUAAAGAACAAGAAAAGUCAUAUAUGAAAUUUCUCCAAAAAAUUCUUGCUAGAGAAAAUGAGGAGGAGGAUGUUCGGACUAUAGAUUCAGCUGUGGGAUCUGGUUCUGUAGCUGAGAGCACAUCGCUAAACAUAGAUGUGCAGUCUGAGGCUUCAGAUACCACGGCCAGAGAUCCUCAGCAGGAGCCUAUGGAAGAGAUAGAAAAUUUGAAGAAACAACAUGAUUUAUUAAAAAGGAUGUUACAGCAGCAGGAGCAGCUGAGAGCUCUGCAGGGACGACAAGCUGCUCUUCUUGCUCUGCAGCAUAAGGCAGAGCAAGCUAUUGCUGUGAUGGAUGAUUCUGCUGUAACAGAAACUACAGGUAGCCUAUCUGGAGUCAGUAUCACAUCUGAACUAAAUGAAGAAUUGAAUGAUUUAAUUCAGCGUUUUCAUAAUCAGCUUCGUGAUUCUCAGCCUCCACCUGUUCCAGACAAUAGAAGACAAGCAGAAAGUCUUUCAUUAACUAGGGAGGUUUCUCAGAGCAGAAAUCCAUCAGUUUCAGAGCAUUUACCUGAUGAGAAAGUCCAGCUUUUUAGCAAAAUGAGAGUGUUACAAGAAAAGAAACAAAAAAUGGACAAGCUGCUUGGAGAACUUCAUACACUUCGAGAUGAGCAUUUGAACAAUUCAUCCUCCUCCCCACAAAGGAGUGUGGAUCAGAGAAGUACAACAGCAGCUCCCUCUGCUCCUGUAGGCUUAACACCAGUUGUCAAUGGAGAAUCCAAUAGCCUCACAUCAUCUGUUCCUUAUCCUGCUGCUUCUCUGGUUUCUCAGAAUCAGAGUGAAAAUGAAGGCCACCUAAAUCCAACUGAAAAACUCCAGAAGUUAAAUGAAGUUCGAAAGAGGUUGAAUGAGCUAAGAGAAUUAGUUCAUUAUUAUGAGCAAACAUCAGAUAUGAUGACAGAUGCUGUAAAUGAAAACACAAAAGAAGAAGAAACUGAAGAGUCAGAAUAUGAUUCCGAGCAUGAAAAUUCUGAACCUGUUACUAACAUUCGAAAUCCACAAGUAGCUGCCACCUGGAAUGAAGUAAAUAGUAAUUCUAAUGCACAGUGUGUUUCUAAUAAUAGAGAUGGGAGAUCAGUUAAUUCUAAUUGUGAAAUUAACAACAGAUCUGCUGCCAACAUAAGGGCUCUAAACAUGCCUCCUUCUUUAGAUUGUCGAUACAAUAGAGAACGAGAACAGGGGAUUCACGUUGCACAAGGUGAAGGUGAGGAGGAGGAGGAGGAAGAAGCAGAAGAUGAGGCAGUCAGUGGAGCGUCAUUAUCUAGUCAUCGGAGCAGUCUGGUUGAUGAGACGCCUGAAGAUGCUGAAUUUGAACAGAAGAUCAGCAGACUUAUGGCUGCAAAACAGAAACUUAGACAGUUACAAGAUCUUGUUGCAUUGGUGCAGGAUGAUGAUACAGCAGAUCAAGGAGUUAUCUCUGCCAAUACCUCAAAUUUGGAUGAUUUCUACCCAGCAGAAGAAGACACCAAACAAAAUGCAAAUAACACUAGAGGAAAUAGCAAUAAAACACAGAAAGAUGCUGGAGUAAAUGAAAAGGCAAGAGAGAAAUUUUAUGAGGCUAAACUACAGCAGCAACAGAGAGAGCUCAAACAAUUGCAGGAAGAAAGAAAGAAACUGAUUGAGAUUCAAGAGAAAAUUCAAGCAUUGCAAAAGGCAUGUCCUGACCUACAGCUGUCAGCCACUAGUGCAGGUAAUUGUCCCACAAAAAAAUAUAUGCCAGCUGUUACUUCAACCCCAACUGUUAAUGAAAAUGAAGCCAGUACAAGCAGAUCUGCUUUUGAACCUGAUGAUCCUUCAGUGGUAGAUAAUGAGUUGUGGUCAGAAAUGCGAAGACACGAAAUGUUAAGGGAAGAGCUGCGACAGAGAAGAAAGCAGCUUGAAGCUUUGAUGGCUGAACAUCAGAGGAGGCAAGGUCUGGCUGAAACUACAUCUCCAGUGGCUGUUUCACUGAGAAGUGAUGGGUCUGAGAACCUGUGUACGCCUCAACAGAGUAGAACAGAAAAAACAAUGGCAACUUGGGGAGGUUCUACCCAGUGUGCACUAGAUGAAGAAGGAGAUGAAGAUGGUUACCUUUCUGAAGCAGUUCGGACAGAUGAAGACGAGGAGGAGGAGGAGCAAGACGCCGGCUCCCAUGAUAGCUUUUCCGUGUGUCCUCCUAGCAGCGCAAAUCAUAACUCCUAUAAUGUAAAGGAAACUAAAAAUAGGUGGAAGAACAAUCGCCCUUUUUCAGCAGAUGGAAAUUAUCGUCCUUUAGCCAGGACAAGACAACAGAAUAUCAGCAUGCAGCGUCAGGAAAACCUUCGUUGGGUGUCAGAACUCUCUUAUGUAGAAGAGAAAGAACAGUGGCAAGAACAAAUCAAUCAGCUAAAGAAACAACUUGAUUUCAGUGUCAAUAUUUGUCAGACUUUGAUGCAAGACCAGCAGACUCUGUCUUGUCUGCUACAAACUCUUCUCACGGGCCCUUACAGUGUUAUGCCCAGCAAUGUUGCAUCUCCUCAAGUACACCUUAUAAUGCACCAGUUGAACCAGUGCUAUACCCAGCUAACAUGGCAACAGAAUAAUGUACAAAGGUUGAAGCAAAUGCUAAACGAACUUAUGCGCCAACAAAAUCAUCCAGAAAAACCUGGAAGCAAGGAAAGAGUCAGUAGUGCAUCACACCCUCCUUCUCCCAGUUUAUUUUGUCCUUUCAGCUUUCCAGCACAGCCUGUAAAUCUGUUCAACCUACCGGGGUUUACUAAUUUUUCAUCAUUUGCACCAGGUAUGAAUUUCAGCCCUUUAUUUCCUUCUAAUUUUGGAGAUUUUUCUCAAAAUAUUUCUGCACCCACUGAACAGCAGCAACCAUUAGCCCAGAAUCUUUCAGGGAGAACAGAAUACAUGGCUUUUCCAAAACCUUUUGAAAGUAGUUCUUCUGUUGGAGCAGAAAAACAAAGGAAUCAAAAACAGCCCGAAGAGGAGGUGGAGAACAGUAGGACACCAUGGUUAUAUGACCAAGAAGGUGAAGUAGAAAAACCAUUUCUCAAGACUGGAUGUGCAGUGUCUGUAAAGAAAACAACAAAUAGUAAUCACAAAAAUCAAUUAGAUACCAGUAGGAGAAGACGCCAAUUUGAUGAAGAGUCGUUAGAAAGCUUUAGCAGUAUGCCUGACCCAGUAGAUCCAACAACAGUAACUAAAACAUUCAAGUCAAGAAAAGCAUCUGCACAGGCCAGCCUGGCAUCUAAAGAUAAAACUCCCAAAUCAAAGAGUAAGAAGAGGCAUUCUACUCAGCUGAAAAGCAGAGUUAAAAAUAUUGGGUAUGAAAGUGCCAGUAUGUCUAGCACAUGUGAACCUUGCAAAAGUAGGAACAGACAUUCAGCCCAGACUGAAGAGCCUGUUCAAGCAAAAGUAUUCAGCAGAAAGAAUCAUGAGCAGCUGGAAAAAGUAAUAAGAUAUAGUAGGUCUACAGAAAUAUCUUCAGAAACCGGGAGUGAUUUUUCCAUGUUUGAAGCUUUGCGGGAUACCAUUUAUUCUGAAGUAGCUACGUUGAUUUCUCAAAAUGAAUCUCGUCCACAUUUUCUUAUUGAACUCUUCCAUGAACUUCAGCUACUGAAUACAGACUAUUUGAGACAGAGGGCUUUAUAUGCAUUGCAGGACAUAGUAUCCAGACAUAUUUCUGAGAACCAUGAAAAAGAAGGGGAAAACGUAAAGUCAGUGAAUUCUGGUACUUGGAUAGCAUCAAACUCAGAACUUACUCCCAGUGAAAGCCUUGCUACUACUGAUGAUGAAACUUUUGAGAAGAACUUUGAGAGAGAAACACAUAAAAUAAGUGAGCAAAAUGAUGCUGAUAAUGGUAGUGUCAUGUCUGUAUCUUCAAAUUUUGAGCCUUUUGCAACAGAUGAUCUGGGUAACACUGUGAUUCACUUAGAUCAAGCAUUAGCCAGAAUGAGAGAAUAUGAGCGUAUGAAGACUGAGACUGAAAGUAACACAAAUGUCAGAUGCACCUGCAGGAUUAUUGAGGAUGAGGAUGGUGCUGCUGCCCCGACUACGGUUGAUAGUUUAGAAGUGGAAACUCCUGUUAUUGAAAAUCAUAGUUCACAGCAAUCUGUAAGUGAAGUUUCUACCGUCCCAUGUCCUAGAAUUGAUACGCAGCAACUGGACCGGCAAAUUAAAGCAAUUAUGAAAGAAGUCAUUCCCUUUUUGAAGGAGCACAUGGAUGAAGUAUGCUCUUCUCAACUUCUAACCUCAGUAAGACGCAUGGUUUUGACUCUUACCCAGCAAAACGAUGAGAGCAAAGAGUUUGUAAAGUUCUUUCAUAAACAACUUGGAAGUAUAUUACAGGAUUCACUGGCAAAAUUUGCUGGUAGAAAACUGAAAGAUUGUGGAGAAGAUCUUCUUGUAGAGAUAUCUGAAGUGUUAUUUAAUGAAUUGGCUUUCUUUAAACUCAUGCAAGAUUUGGAUAAUAAUAGUAUAACUGUUAAACAGAGAUGCAAAAGGAAAAUCGAAGCAGCUGGAGUGAUACAGUCUUAUGCAAAAGAGGCCAAAAGGAUUCUUGAAGGAGAUCAUGGCUCACCUGCUGGAGAAAUUGAUGAUGAAGACAAAGACAAGGAUGAGACUGAAACAGUUACACAGGCUCAAACAUCUGAGGUUUAUGAUGGUGACGGUCCCAAAAAUGUGAGCUCUGAUGUCUCUGAUCAAGAGGAAGAUGAAGAAAGUGAAGAAUGUCCAGUGUCUAUUAAUUUGUCCAAAGCUGAAACUCAGGCUUUGACUAAUUAUGGAAGUGGAGAAGAUGAGAAUGAAGAUGAAGAAAUAGAAGAAUUUGAAGAGGGACCUGUAGAUGUCCAGACUUCACUGCAGGCUAACACUGAAACUACAGAAGAAAAUGAACACGACGAUCAGGUUCCACAGCAUGAUUUUGAAAAAUCAGCGGAAAGCAAAAAUGUCCCAUCGGAACAAGAACCCACUACUAGUAAAGAUGACCAAGAUAGCACUCCUGUGAAGCCGUGUUACCUCAAUAUCUUGGAAAAUGAGCAACCUUUAAACAGCACUGUCCAAAAGGACGCUCUUCCUACCAUCGAUUCAUCUAAUCAGCCUAACGCUUUGCCCUUACCUUUAACUGAAAUCGAAACCUUGGUGCCUAGAGUCAAAGAAGUUAAAUCUGCCCAGGAAACUCCUGAAAGCUCUUUGGCUGGAAGUCCUGAUACUGAAUCUCCAGUGUUAGUGAAUGACUAUGAAGCAGAAUCUGGUAACAUAAGUCAAAAAUCUGAUGAAGAAGACUUUGUGAAAGUUGAAGAUUUACCACUUAAACUGACAAUAUAUUCAGAGGCAGAUCUAAGGAAGAAAAUGGUAGAAGAAGAACAGAAAAACCAUUUAUCUGGUGAAAUAUUACGUGAAAUGCAGACUGAAGAACUAGCUGGGAAUUCUCAGACACUAAAAGAACCUGAAACAGUGGGAGCCCAAAGUACAUGAGAUGUCUUCAGAGGCUCAUCUAACUCUCUCUUUACAUAGUCAAUGCAUAUAUGGAAAUGGCACUAAAUAAACAUCUGUUUUGAUCUGUAAAAAAUGUAAAUUAGUUUGACACUGCAUUUUUGGUAGGUGUGCUAAUUUCUGCCCAUGGCAGUUUAAAACAUCAAAAACUGAAUUCUGGACAGAUUCAAGCCUUGAUACACUGUGGGUUUUUUUUCUUUUUCUUUCUGUCAUUUUGUUUGGUCUUGAUUUUUUUUCCCCAUUGUGAUGUUUGGUAACGUUAAAUUUAAAAUGUAGUUUUAAAUAAAGUUUGGACUUAACCUGUAAACUAUCUUUUUUGGAAAUUAUGUUGAAUUCUAUACAGCAAGUCACUGUUCUGUAUAAGUAGGCUAUUCAAAGAGCAAUGGUCAAGAGUUAGAGAAAUAUACUAUUUAUUGUAAAGCCCAGCCUUUAGGCCAGGCUUCCAAAUAAUGCCAGUGUUGCUGCUAUUGGGUCUAAUGUUCUUUUAGAUACUUGCAUGUCUUAUUCCUGUGCAAGAAUAGGGCAGGUUAUAAAGGUUUCCAGGUUAUUGUAGAAUAUAUAUUAAUAUUCUAUUCAAAUUGGAUAAUAAGUUUAGAACACUUGUCCUUAAUACGUAGAACUUACAUAAUUAUCUAUUAGAUAAAUAUUUUCUAGAAUUUCAAUUCAUAUCUGUGUUGCCUCAGUCUAAAAGUAAAAAAAAAAAGUUUUCUAUAAUUAGAGAGUAUUUCUGCACAGCCAAGUAAAGUAACAUUGUGAUUAAUUUUAAAAGGAAAACCAAGAUCUUUAAAGUAGAGAUUAAUAGAACUAAAUUUAUGUACCAGCACAUUAAAGUUCUAUAUGCCUUCGGACAACCUUGCCUUUUGAGAUGAUAGUUUAGCCAAAGCAUAGCAGUUGCUUCUGUAUGCAGUGAGAGAGAAGCAGGUUCGCAGAGGAAGUUUUGAGUAACGGAAAUCUACAUGACCUCUUUGUCAUGAAGUAAAUCAGCUUUUAAAGGUGGUGUAGCUUUAGAUCCCAGACUUGCCACAUACCCAGUAAGGCUUCACAUAGCCAGUUAACAAUUAAGUCAUCUUUACAGAUUCUUUCUUGAAUAAAAUAUGAAGAAUUGUUCCAAAUAGUCUUUUAAAUUUGUCAACAAUUAACUGAAGUAUCCCAUAAGAAAAGAAUUUGGUUGGUAUUCCUUUGAAAUUCUUGCCUGAUACCUCAGUGUAAAAGUAUAAUGUCCAGUCAGGGAGUAUUAAAUGAGGAUUUCCCUAUGAGGGCAUUGACUGUAUUGCUCCAUAACUUAAAUUAUGUGAGACAUAUAUCUCCAACUUUCUGAAUUAGUAAAACUUACUCAGAAAACUAUCAUCCCAGAAACAGGAAUUCUUAUUCAAUUGGCUUGACUUCAGGGAAAUUGAAACAUAAGUUACAUUAUAUGUAUACUUAAGUUCUGUAUUUGUUUUCGAGACUCUGUACAGAAACUUCAUUUUGAUACUCAAGCCAAGCCUUACAUAUUAAGACUGUCUCUCUCUCUGCAUGCAUUUUAAAGAUCGAUACAGUGGAAGCAUUGUACUUAUACCUUAGUUAUUACUGUAGUAUCUGUGAACCUUAUCAAACUUGCUUAUUUGACUUAUGUUAUAGCUGUUGUAAUAUGGUCUGUUUUUUUCUAUUAUAGUAGAUAAUUUAGUUUUAAAAUACCUAGGACUUGAGAGCAGAUAACUUGUUUAAUAUGUUUUUCCCUGGUAACUGUUGCUAAAGGGUUAGGCAUUGAAUAUUACUGUUUGUCUUCAUUUUUAAGUUAAAAAUUUGGUUAGAGAUAAAAGAGGAAGAAAAGGUCAAAAUGAGUGAGAGAGAAACCUCGCAGGUUGAAAUAAUGCCUAAAAGAGUGAGCUCGCCAGACUGUGCAGCAGGUACUCUUUGUAUUUUGUAACAUUCACUUUGGGUAAAUGCUUUUUCACUGUUAAUAAAUGUAUAUCCUGCAUACA